ACCACCGUCGCCGCCACCGUCGAGGAGCAGGAGGGUUGGAGAGGGGGAGUCAAUGAUGGUAACAACAAUGACGACAAUGACAACGACAACGAAGAGGGAGACGGUCGAGGGAAUCGGAGAUGUGGAGGGCAAUAUUCGGUUCGGCUACGAGUUAAUGCCAUCGAGUCGAGGAAGCAACUGGGACGGGAAAUGAAUAGUACAGUUCAAAAAAAUUAUUUCUGGCCAUUUUUGGGACAACUUGGCGAUUCACAAUUUUCUACAGCUGUUGGUAGUCAAGGAACCCAGGCAAGAAAGGGUUACUCCAACAAAGGGGUAUUGGAGGAGAUUAAAGGUGGGAAAUUAGAGCUUUUGGAAAAGAAGAAGCUCAAGAAUAAGGACGACUUGGGGAGCACAGAGUCAAGGUUAAUUCGACGCGUUGGGAGACUCAAAUCUAAGUUCCGGCAAGUCUACGGCAAUAUAUUGAGGAAAAACCUCAAUUUGCUUUCGUUAGCCGUGGGUCGAGGGAUUUAGGUGUCCAAAAAUCGCGAGACUUGGAUUCUUGCACCCCGGCAUCCCUAUGAGAUCCGAGCGCAGCGGGACGGUCGAGGAUCGCGGCAAGGGCAUUGCGCCCUAGGUAGUGGACUUCCUCGAAUAUAGUUGUAACCUUUUGUAUUUCAUCUUUUGUAGUUGAUGAAAUAGUUGUAUUGAAAGACAAGUUAUGUAAUUGAAAAUGAAUGUAAGA